AUGUAGUCUUUUGAAGCAAAAUUAGCUAAUUUAAAUUGCAGUAUACAUGGUUUAGAGAUAUUAUAUGUAAAUAUUGGUUAGAAUGGAACAAAUAAGAGAGCACUAUGUAAAUAGUGUAGAUGCAAUGAUAUAUAAUUACAUAGAAAUUAUCUUAAUGAGGUGGUUUAGGAUUAUUUUGAGAAAAGAAGGAAGGAAGCUAUAAAGUUAAUAUAAAAAUUAUAGUUUGAAUUCAAUAGAAAAUAUGAAUAAAUUUAGGGGCUACUAGAAAAGAUAAAGGAGAUGUUUGAUAGUAAGAUAAAAGAGUUUUCAGAGAAAGAAUUUUUGAAUGAUUUUUAAGAGAAAUAUUUUGGCUGGGGUAUGUUGAGUUUAAAAGAUGUAGAAGAUUUAGGAAUGAUGUUAUCAAAGGAUGUUGAAUUUUAGGAUGAUUAAGUAACAAUAAAGGAAAUAGAUUUUAAGAGUAAUGAUUUAGAGGAAUGUGUUGAAGUAUUGUAAAUAGUUUUAGGUGAGUUAGAGGAGUUAAAUAUAAAUUAAGAGAAGUUAGUAAAAUUGGAUAUAAGUUUACCAAAAUAUGAGAGGGAAAUAUCUCAAUUAGAUUUAUCAAAGGAUGAGGAUAUGGUUGGAGUAGUGACUUUGAAUUAGGAUGUAGAUAUUUGGAAUUUAUAGACAAUGAAGAAAACUGUAUUGAAAGGACAUGAUGAUAUAAUAAAUGCAAUAAUAUUCAGUAGAUUUAGCAAUAGUUUAAUAACAGGAGGAAGAGAGGGAACAAUAAAAGUUUGGAAAUGUGAAGGGAAAUGGAUAAUUCAUGAUAUUUUAAUAGGACAUGAUGAUUGGAUAACAGCAUUAGCUAUAGGGAAUUAAGAUUAAUUAAUUGCAUCAGCAAGUAAUUAGGAAAUAUUGAUUUGGCAAUAUAAGUCAGAUCAUUAUAUAAAAGUUUAGAAGUUAUAAGGACAUAGUGAUUCUAUUUAUUCAUUAGGAUUUCUUUGUUCUUGGAAAUAUCUAAUAUCAGGGAGUUAUGAUAAAACUGUAAGAUUAUGGGAUAGUAAGGAAGGAUAAUGGAAUUUUAAGUAGUAAUUUUAUUACCAUUCAGAUAAAGUAUAAUCCAUAGCAUGUUCUAAUAAUACUGUAUUCGGUUCAUGUAGUUGGGAUUAAUCAAUUAGAUUGUAUGAUUAAAUGACAGAUGAUACUUAUGAUUGCAUAUAAGUUUUGUAUGGUCAUUAAGGAAAGGUGUAUUAAAUAUAAUUUAAUCAUGAUUCUAAGAUUUUAUAUUCUUGUAGUCAUGAUAAUACAAUCAAAAUAUGGAGUCAAUUAUAAACUAAUUUUUGGGAAUGUUUUUACGAAAUAAAAUAGGAUUUUCAUAUAAAGUUUAUAGGAGUCAGAAAAAAUCGUUUGAUUUCAUCAAAUUAUUAUGAGAUUUAUGUUUAUAAAUAAGAAUAAAUAAAUUGAU